CUCUCUCUCUCCCCCUCUCUCACUCUAUAAACCUCAUGGCUGGUAUCCAUCCCUCUUGCCAUUGCCUAAGACACAUGAUUGUGUUUUUCUCCUCUCUCCUUUGCAUGCCCUUCUGAUCAUCUCUCCCCAUUCACACACCAAUUCUCCCUCAAACAACAGAUUUCAAGAACCUGUCAAAAUAGUAAUAAUAGUGGUAGUAAUGGCAGCCUAUCCAUCAUUCCACUUCUUGGACACCACAAUGUUGCUACCAACUGCCAUUUUGGAGCAUCCAGACAGUGUCUUCUCCAGCUUCACUCCUCAGCUCUACAAUGGACUUGAGGAAGCCAUUGAGAGCCUUGACAAGAGUGUAAAAGUGUCAUCAGGUCCACAGAAUGACGAGGUUUCUGUUUUGAGUGCUGCAAACAAGAACAGCAUGAAUUCAUCAUCUGCUGUGUGUUGUGACACCACUGAAACUGAAAUCCCCAGGGCAAAGCCCAGAAAGAGGAGGACCAAACAGAGCUGUUGUUCUAGCCUCAAGGGUGUGAAAGGAAAGAAGCAGAAGAAGAUGGAAGACAGUGAAGAGAGGAAGAAAUCCAAGGAGAAAGCAGGAGAAGCUCCUCCUACUGGUUAUGUUCAUGUGAGGGCUAAAAGGGGACAAGCCACAGAUAGCCACAGCCUUGCUGAAAGGGUUAGGAGGGAGAGGAUAAGUGAAAGAAUGAAGCUUCUCCAAGCCCUUGUCCCUGGCUGUGACAAGGUGACUGGAAAGGCCCUAAUGCUGGAUGAAAUCAUAAACUACGUACAGUCACUACAGAACCAAGUUGAGUUUCUUUCAAUGAGGCUUGCCUCUGUUAGUCCCAUGUUUUAUGACUUUGGGAUGGACUCUUUCAUGAGCUUGAAUAGCAUUAGCAGCCCCACAGCAGCCAACAUGUUUCCUCACUGGGAUAAUUCUGUUAACCCUCUAGUGUUCCAACCACCUCAAAUUCUUCCAAAUAAUACUAUGAUGCCCCAAGAGGAACAUAAACAGGCAUUAUAUUGGGAAGUGGAAGAAGAACCAAGACAGAAAAUUAUUGUUGAUCAGUCAGGCACCAGCACCACAUUGUUCUCACACCAUUAAUAUAAAAACCAACACAUACCUACCCUACAAGCAUCUGACUGUAUGAAAAUCAAGGUGUAGGUAAAUAAUAGGACAAAGCUGGUGAGUCUCGUAUGGAAUGGGAUAUAUCAAAAAAUGAGAUGGAGAAGAAGAUGGAAGCCAUGGGAGGGGUAGGUGUUGAAGAUUCUGUACAUGUAUUGUUGAUCUGAAAAAACAUUAAUGGGGUGCAGCCAGAAAUUGAAGGGAAGUUGGAGGAACAAAUAAAUGCAAACCGACCAAAUAAGAGGCUCUAUCUUUAAUACAGAUCUGCUUUGUUCCUCAUUUGACUCUCGAAUAUACAAGCACAAAUUCCUGCAGCACCCUAUGCUCUGUGGUGGUUAGAAUUCAAUGCAUGAAGCUCUCUCUAGCUACCUAGUAUUAGAAAAAUAUAUUGUUGGUGUAUAAAAGGAAAAAGAAAAAGAAAAAAGAUGGCCCAUGGCAAGAGCAGAGAUGUAUGCAUGUAUAUAUUGCUGCUGGUUCGUGUAUUUAAUUCUGAGUUUCACAGUGAGUCUGUUAUUACAGUUAAUUUUACAGUUAAGCGUUUCUUUCUUGUCCAUGUCUUGACUUUGGA